CAUAAGCGUGUUGGUUUGAGGUUUAGUUUGUUAAUUCGAGUAAAUUUUGUAGAGUCUUACCAUAAAGUUAUACCAUUAGAUUGCUAUAAAUUUUUGGCUACUAAUCAUGGUAUAAUUAUGAUUUUUUUCUUUAUGAUGCCAUUUUUAAUUGGCGGAUUUGGUAAUUAUCUAUUGCCUUUAUUAGGAGGGUUAGCAGAUUUGAAUUUGCCCCGAUUAACUGCAUUAAUUCCUUCAUUGGCGUUUUUGGUUGAUAGUAUUUAUUUAGGGGCAGGCGUCGGUGUAGAUUUUUUAAUGUUUUCAAUGCAUUUGACUGGUGCUUCUAGAUUGCUUGGUUCGAUAAAAUUUAUCUGUACUUUAUAUAGUAUUUUUAUGACCAAUAUUUUUUUUUCGUACGUCUAUUGUACUUUCAUCUUAUUUAUUUACUUUAUUUUGUUGUUAGUAACUUUUUCUGCUUUUUUUUAUCCUUUAGGUGUUUAUGUGUUGAUUCUUCGUGAAUUUGGUAUUAGUAGACAUAUAUGUUUGAGCAUUAGCAUGUCUUCCGAUGUGUUUGGCUUUAAUGGUCAUCAUAUGCUUACUGUUGGGUUAGACGCUAAGACGGCUGUAUUUUUUAGCUCUAUAACUAUGAUUAUUGGGGUCCCUACUGGUAUAAAGAUUUUUACAAUAGUGGCCUGCUAG